AUUAUGCGAAAUUAUAAUAUUUGGAUAUUAUAAUUUUGUGAUUGUUUGGAUAAAUGUUACUGUGUAAUAUCAUCUUUCUGGAGUUUAAUGAAUCGUGAGACGCAUUUUGCAUUUGCUAUCUAUGACACAAUAUUCGAAUAAGCUAUCAUUUUUCGUCAAAUUAUUACAAUUAAUUCUAGAAGAAGACACAACCAAUCCGAUGUCCAGAAUCUUGGAAUAUCCGGGCAAGCAAUGUAAGAAAAACAGUGCUAGGAAAUUUUCCUACUAUGUCGCCACGAUGGAUCUUAAUCGCGUAUAAACAUAUUGUGGUAAGGUAGCCCGCAUACAUGGCUGGAAAAAUGAAAAAGUUUAAUAUUCGCGGGAUGCUGGAUGGGUUGCGGCAGUCUGUCAGUAGUACGUCGCCAAAGUCGGAAACAGAAAUCGAAGAAACACUUCGAUCAGAGGAUUUGCAAGUGUGCAAGACUGUGCGUCAUGGAUUCCCAUACCAGCCAACUGCUAUUGCGUUCGAUCCUGUUCAACAUAUCCUGGCCAUUGGCACAAAGACUGGGUCACUGCGAAUAUUUGGCCAGGCUGGAGUGGACCUGCAUUGUCAUCAUGGAGCAGACGUGGCAGUGCUGCAAAUACUGUUCCUUGUCAAUGAGGGAGCACUUGUCACAUGCUGUUCAGACGACAACUUGCAUUUAUGGAACUUCAGACAAAAACGGCCUCAAAUUGUUCAGUCAUUAAAAUUCCAAAGAGAAAGGAUAACCUACAGUCAUCUGGCCUUUCAAAGCAAGUGGCUGUACGUGGGAACGGACAAGGGAAAUGUACAUAUUGUCAAUAUCGAGUCUUUCAUUUUAUCUGGAUACGUCAUCAUGUGGAAUAAAGCCAUAGAACUGUCCCGUAAGACCCAUCCUGGUGCUGUCCUACACCUGAGUGAUAACCCGUUGGACCCAAGCAAGCUUUUGAUAGGCUUUGAAUGUGGUGCCAUUGUGAUGUGGGAUCUACGCAAUAAGACAGCAGAGUGUAGGCAUCAAGCCCCAGAGAGUUUACGCUCCAUAUCUUGGCACCACGAAGGCAAGCAGUUCAUGUCGAGUCACACGGACGGCAGCCUGGUCUCAUGGAUCGUGAAGUCACCAGGGAAACCAGCCAGUAUUAUCACCCCUCAUGCAAAAGUUGGCAAAGAUGGCAAACCAGACCCGUGUAAACCAAUUACCAAAGUGGAGUGGAAGUCCGUCAGAAAUAAUGACCCUCUGGUGAUAUUUUCCGGCGGAAUGUCAUGUGACCGGGCAGGACGCACCCCUUGUAUCACGGUGAUGACGGGCAAAACUACGACAGUGCUCGAGAUGGAACACACCGUCAUAGACUUUGUGGUACUCUGCGAAACACCUUGGCAAAAUGAUUUUCAGGACCCAUAUGCAAUUGUCGUGCUACUACAGAAUGACCUUGUUGUAAUUGAUCUCACCUCACCAGGGUACCCAUGUUUUGAGAACCCUUACCCAAUGGAUAUACACGAGUCACCUGUGACUGCCUGCCAGUACUUUGCGGACUGCCAGACAGACCUGAUACCUGCCCUGUACUCCGUAGGCUCCUCCAAACACAAACGCACCGGAUUCAGUGAAAAGCGCUGGCCAAUCAAGGGUGGUGUAUGGGGCUCAUCAACUUGCAGCUAUCCCGAGAUAGUGGUCACUGGGCAUGCUGAUGGCUCAGUGAAGUUCUGGGACGCGUCUGCAGUGACGUUACAAGUGCUAUACAAGCUGAAGACGGCCAAGAUGUUUGAGAAGCCCAAGAACCGUGUGCUGGAGGGCCAGGAGGACGACCCGUUUGCUAUCUACAUGAUGUACCUGGACCAGGAGAGCAGGCUGCUGGUGCUGGCUGGGGCCACUCACAUCAUGCUCUUUAAGUUCUCCAAGCAGGAGGUCACCUACGAAGUAACGUGGCUGGAUGUGUCAAUAGUGUAUGAGGUUUUUGAUGACCUGGAUUCUCCUGACCUGGACUUUCCCAAGCCCAGCCUGGCGGUGAUGGGGCAGCAUCAGCAGAGUGGAGGAAGCAUGGGCUCCUACUCCAGCAACGCAUCUGAUAGUGGAAAGCAGUCAAAACCUAGCUUAAGUCUUAUGGCCCAACAACAAAAGUCUGGUGGUAGUAUGGGCUCUUAUUCAUCAGAUUGCGCAAGAUCUGAACCGUUGACGGCGCUGAAGGUGCGGGGUGGCGCCCGAAAAUGGAGCCCGGGUUACCAGUGUGACCUUGUGGGCCUUCUCACCUGGAAUGAUAACGAACACCCGGGAAACAUCACCAGUAUAUGUGUGAAUUCCAACUACGGAUUGCUAGCAUUCGGAAACGAGUCUGGCCUAGCCAUUGUGGAUAUCAUUCAGAAAACCUGCCUGCUCAAUUUGGGGACUCCAGAUUUAUAUGGUUUCAAGGACAGCAACUAUCAUCAUAACCACCACCACCACCAUCACACACGUUCCAUGGACCCCUACCAGAGGGCCCCUAGGUCACCCCGGGGCAAGAAACCCCAGCCUUCGCCCCUGGACGGCAGUAACUCCGCCCUCAAUGAGGAUGGUGCUAGGUCACCAACCAGUGAUCAACCAGUGACACCUGAUAAUAUUCAGUCAAAUCCAAAAGCCCCACCGCGAAAAAAACGCCCUAACCAGAACUUGAAAAGCAUCAACGAGGGAGAUCAGUUGUCUUCAAAAUCAAAAGAACCCCAAUCGGCUCCUAUUCGAAGCAACUCAUUUGAAUUUGGUAUUGCCGGUUCAGAAACUGAAGUCAAGCUGCCAGAAGGGUCAGGGAAUGGCGUCAGCACACCAGCAGUUGUGAAAGCGGAGCAGGACCAAACUGUCAUACCGGGAUUGAAUCUGAUUCCCCCUACUCCUCAGGUGAGCCAGAAAAACACAGAGAGUCCGGACAAGUCUAGAGAAGGCUUCGAAACUCUCCAACCUACCCGGCUUGUGCAGAAGAAUUCCCCCAAGAAAUUGUCAGCAGUUCGAACCUCAUCACUUCCCUUAGUGCCAAUACCUGGUAAGGAGCAGAUUGGAGAGAACAUAAGUAGUAAGUCGAAAUCACAGUCAGAGGAAGACUUUAAAGCCAGUCUGACUGAACCGUGCUUGGCUGACGGGAAGAAUUUUAAGAUAAGGACAGUUAACAUCGAUACGGAAAGUCUAGAAAAACCACAGCAUCACGGACGCAAAUACUCAAUGAAAAAGUUUAAAAAGAAAUUAAGAAUUGGCGGGAAACACAGGGAUAAAAGCUCUGAAAGGAUCUCGAAGACUGUAGACCCUAAUGAUAAUGACAUAACUGCGGAGAGCGAGGAAAUGUCCCAUGAUGAGUUUGCAAGUCACGAAAGUCGUUCAGAGAAUGAAGACAACAUUUUAACGGAUGACGAGUUCUUAAGUCCUAACCAGAAUAUGAGUGACGAAGCAGUGUUUCACUCUGCCACCAAAAAAGAUGGGUUCUUGAGGCGAAUGAGUGUUAAAAUGCAACAGCUUGUGUCGAGGAGUGGGUCUGAUAACUGUCAACCUGAGUUUGAUAGACGGGGUCGAAGAUGCGUGAGUUUUUUGGACUUGAUGGACGAUUCAGAAUCUAACCAUGGGGUGAUUUCAAAAAAGACUCUGCGAGAGAUGAUCACCGUCCCUCACCAUGUGGUGUACCUUAAACCAGAUUCUGGGUCAUCCGAUAAGAAUGAUGGUUCCUCAUUUUCCCGAUCCCGGAGUUCAAGUAUAUCGAGCCUGGAGAAUGUUUCCAAGGAAGCCAUUCAGUGUCUUGUCUUUGCAGACUCGUAUACUCGGAAAUUAGAUACCUUCACCAGUCCAUGUCUGUGGGUGGGUACAAGUCUGGGCUCUGUUCUGGUCAUUGUACUUAACCUGCCUCCCCCAGGGGAAUCAAGACUGACUCAACCAGUGAUAGUCUCACCUAGUGGUACAAUAUUCCGGUUGAAGGGUGCCCUGCAGUGCAUGUCUUUCCUGGACACUAACGGUAUGAUCAUCCCCACACUGACGUCAGGGGCGUGGAGGGAGACCGGGAAGGACGAGGCAAAGUCUGUCAAGAACCAGUCAGUGACAAAACUGAAGAUGUCACCAAGCACAUCUACAGAAGUAUCAGACAGGCAGUUUGCUAUCAUCUGUUCAGAGAAACAGGCCAGGGUUGUGUCUUUGCCGUCACAGACGUGUCCAUACAAAGCAAGAAUUACCGAAAACUCAUUUGUUGUCAAAGCAGAUGUGGUCAAUCUCAGGGGUGACAGCGUGUGUCUGGCGUGUUACGUGGCCAACGGUCACAUCAUGGUGUACAGCCUGCCCAGUCUCAAACUGCUGCUAGAUAUGGACUUCUUGCCUCUGUCAGACCUCCGGGUUGCCAGAACGUUCUGCUUCAGUAACAAUGGUCAUGCAUUGUACAUGUGUUCACCAACAGAAUUACAGAAAGUAACAUACUCUGCUGAAAUUUGUGAUAACCUCAAUGAGAUGUUGGGAGAACUGUUUGUACCCACAGAGACUCCUGAGGCUCCCAAACAGGGCUUUUUCAAAAAUCUCUUUGGUGGGGGGACAUCUACACUGGACAGAGAAGAACUAUUCGGUGAGUCUAGUGGUAAGGCUGCGCGUGGUCUGGUGUCCCGGACCCACGGCACGGGGGGCAUACAGAGUCUGCAGGCACAGAGCCAGGCCGCAGUGGGUGGGGAGGUGUCCAGGGCCAGGCUGUUGCUGUCAGAGAGAGGGGAGAAGCUCUCAGGUGUUGCAGAUCGCACUGAGGAGAUGGCGCUGAAUGCGGAGGCUUACGCCAGCACGGCGCACCAGCUCAUGCUGAAAUACAAGGAGAAGAAGUGGUACCAGUUCUAGAAAGUUCUAGGAUUGAACCGGAACUAGGAUGCACAAAAACAAUCAAGCCAGGGACUGGAAAAACAAGAACUACCCCUGUGGUUGAUAGUGCAAACAUUCUCAUUUCUGUGAAUCUGUGUUACUGGUUGAUAUGGGCUUGGGGACUAUCUGCAAAUUGGAAGAGAUGUGAUGUUAACAGUGGUUGUGUUAAGGUUAGGUGGUAUACUGAGGGUUAUCUAAGAGGUGGGCAGUGUAGGGCAGAUGUUUUAGGAAUUGAGAGAUGUAGACUAUUAUAUAAUGGAUGCUGUUUUGUGUUAUGGAAGGAGCAUGGCUUUUUGAUUUCAAUAUAUGGAAAAGAUACAAAAAACUGUAGGCAUGUGAUACUGUAUGCUCCUAAGUGUUAAUCCACAUAUAUGUAGCUGAUCAACCAUGAUUGGAAGAAACAUUGGUGUAGAGGGAAAUAAGCAUUUAGAUACUAUACGGAUUUAUUGUAAAUUAUGAAUGAUUAAAACUGGUUUUAUAAAUCAGAAUGCAAAUUCUAACCAUGAAUGUGCUGAACACACUUAGCACCAAGUAAACAAACACUCCAAUGUGUGCAAUGUGUUUUCUUAAUAGGUCAGGCUGGUAAUUACUGCUUCUUGUUUAGUUUGAAAAACAUUAAAUUUGUAUAUGGAUGAGGUCAGUGCAAUUUUCUGUAUUUUUACAAUGAUUUCACGUAAGAGAGAAAUCUAUGACUGAAUUUUCGUCAAUGAGAUUAGAUAUUAAUGAAUAAGCUGUCACUUGUGUUUUGUAUUAUAUGAUCAUUUUUAAUUGUUCUGUUGAUAAGCAUUAUAUUUAGUUACUCAAAAUUAUUAAUAAGGAUAUGUUGUGUUUGUUACGUAAUAAGUCUACAUUGUGUUGUUAAUCUGUUCCUAUUCAUGCAGUAAAAAACUCAGUUUAUAAUUACUCUCCUUUCAUAAGCAUUCUAUUGUAUGUCUGAGGAGUGCAAAAUUGAAGGUAUAUACAUAAUAACAAUAUAUAAACUCACAUUUUGAUGUUAAUCCAGUUUUCCAAUCUAUUUCAUGACACACAAGAACAUCAAAAAAAAAUUUUUUUUUAAACAAGUUUUUAUAGUUGAAACUAUCCAUUUCUGUAUGUGCCUGCGUGCAUGCGUGUGUUCAUUUGCUUAUAUGAACAAAUAUAUGCCUGUGUUAGAAAACCAUUUUCUCUCUUCAAAUCAUUAUCAGAGUGUACCUUUUUUUGCUUUCCAGUGCUUUUAUUUGUUGAUGAUUUAUGUUGAACUAAUUAUAUAAUUUAUUUCAAUUAUUUAUGUUGUUAUUAUAUAUUGUUUUUAAUAAUUUAUUAUCUUGUGUAUUAUGUUUCCAUUAAAAGAGUGUUUAAAACAAACACUAAGGUA